AUGUUCUUAGAAUCGAUCGAUGAAUAUUGUGGAUGCUUUGGCAAGAGUUCCGUCGCCCUUCAGCACGGAGGCCAGACGAAAGGCGAUGCAGGCUGCAAAGCCUGCAAAGCCCAAGUCUGGGCCGUCGUCACCAACGGCGACGGCGCCUCUGCCUCGACCGCCGCACGCACCAACGGUGACGGCACCACGGGAACCAACGGAAGCGACACCGUCGUUGGGAGCUCCGCCAAGGACCCAGUCAAGCGAACGGGCAGCAUCGUGGCCCGAAAGCGUCAGAAGGGCCUAGUCCGAACCUUCCGAGACAUGACCCCCAUCAAGGAGCGCACGUCACGUUCGACAUAUGCAGGAAGCUCGGCUGGGACCAUUCCCUCAUCAUUAAGCAUCAGACGACGCUGA